AUAUUCACAAAAUUGAGGGAGAGUUAGUUGACAUACUUUACCCCUUUUUCUUCGGUGUCUGUCGAGAAAGACCAGAAUAGUAGAUAGAUAAAUACAUUAACACUAUCAAGCACAAAGUAAAAUCAAUUUCAAUUUCAUUUUCAAUUUCAAUUUCAAUUUCAUUUCAUCAUACUUCACUCACUCUUCAAUCUCCCCAAUCUCAAACUUCUUCUUCCUCUAUCAUCUUCUUUUUCACAUCACCGCCCCAAAACUCAAAACCCUAUUUCCACAUCACUUUACUCUCCAAGGAUUUCUAGAUCUAUCACUCUCUUCCAUCCAAGUAUAGACAGUGGUGUUUGUAUUGAUUUCAUUUGCAUCCAAUUUUUGGAUGUGAAGUAAAGAGUAGGUUGUUUUGGUGGUGAAAUGAGGGAUGCUAUCAAAGUUGAUGGACUUUCUAAGCGCCUGUUGGCGGAGAACAUCGUCGGACCGAAAGGCAUCCGAUGUUUGCGGGAGGAAGGAAGGUUUGCUUUGGUACAAGGAUGCCGGGCAGCAGUUGUUUGGUGAUUACUCUAUGGCGGUUGUGCAGGCUAAUAACCUGCUUGAGGAUCAGAGUCAAAUUGAGUCUGGUCCUCUUAGUUUCCUUGAUGAUGGACCUUAUGGUACUUUUGUUGGUGUUUAUGAUGGUCAUGGUGGACCUGAGACUUCUAGAUUUGUUUGUGAUCACCUCUUCCAACAUUUAAAACGAUUUGCGACUGAGCAGAAGUCUAUGUCUGUGGAGGUUAUUCGGAAGGCGUACCUAGCCACCGAAGAAGGUUUUCUGGGAGUGGUUACCAAGCAGUGGCCUAUGAAUCCUCAGAUUGCUGCUGUGGGAUCUUGUUGUUUGGUAGGUGUGAUUUGUGGUGGUUCCCUCUACAUUGCUAACCUUGGUGAUUCCCGUGCCGUGCUUGGGCGGGCUGUCAGGGCAACUGGGGAGGUUUUGGCAAUCCAGCUUUCAUCGGAGCAUAAUGUGGCCAUAGAUUCUGUUAGACAAGAGAUGCAUUCCUUGCAUCCGGAUGACCCAAAAAUUGUGGUUCUAAAGCACAAUGUAUGGCGGGUGAAGGGUCUGAUACAGAUUUCUAGAUCCAUUGGUGAUGUAUACCUUAAAAAGGCAGAAUUUAACAAGGAACCAUUGUAUGCUAAGUUUCGCCUUCGGGAAACUUUUAAAAGGCCAAUUUUGAGCUCUGACCCGGCGAUGUCUGUUCAUGAACUACAAGAGCAUGACCAAUUUCUGAUAUUUGCAUCUGAUGGUCUUUGGGAACACCUUAGCAACCAGGAUGCUGUUGAUAUAGUUCAAAAUCACCCUCACAGUGGGAGUGCUCGGAAGCUGAUCAAAGUGGCUUUGCUGGAAGCAGCAAAGAAACGAGAGAUGAGGUACUCAGAUCUGAAGAAAAUCGACCGCGGUGUCCGCCGUCAUUUCCACGAUGACAUCACAGUUGUAGUUGUGUUUCUCGACUCAAAUCUUGUUAGCAAAGCUAGCACAAUAAGAGGUCCUCCUUUGUCAGUAAGGGGAGCAGGCAUUCCCGUACCGUCUAGAUCUUUGGCUCCCAUGGAACUUGCAGGUCCUGGCUGAUGUGGCUGUCUGGUUAAAUGAUCUGUUGUUACCCUCUGUAUGUAGUGUUGUACUUGUAUCCUUAGCAAGACAUUGAGCUCUGGUGACCCACCAGCGUGUAUAUCCAAUUUAACAAAGAUUGUGAAUUAAUACAUUGUAACAAGUAACUUGGGGUAUGUGGCUUGUGUUGAGUAAAGUAUCAUGGAAAUAGAGCAUCGAAGCCAAACAUGAGCUUCAAUAUUUUAUUUUAUCAUUUAGUGAAAAAUCUUGUCUGCAAAUCAUUGUUUUUAUGAUGAAACUGAAACGUA